AUGUCGGCGCCCUCAAUACCCAAUCUGCUAUCUCUCCGGGGUGCCGGAAGAGGUCGGGGCCGGGGCCGGGGUGGCCGGAGCGACCUUUCCGGCUCCGAGGCCGGUCCAAGCCAUGAUGCCACCAUCCAAGGCACCGACACUGAUGCUGCCGUUUCCCGCUUGAGCGCCGUUGAGUUGGGCUAUCUCGCGGACCCAUUCGCCCGGCUCUUCGUACAAGGGCCGGCCACCCGUCGCCUACCCAUCAUAAACAGGGGCACCUACACGCGCACCACUGCUAUCGACAUGCUCGUCGACCGCUUCUUAGCCACUACCAAUCCGGAUGAUUCAAGACAGAUUGUCUCCCUAGGCGCAGGCACCGACACCCGUUGCCUACGCCUCUUCACGUCGCCCACCAACCAUCGCAACAUCAUCUAUCACGAAAUCGACUUCCCAGCCAUCAUGGCCCGCAAACAAGUCAUCAUUAGCUCCACUCCUUCCCUACGAGCCGUGCUCUCCACCCCGAGUCCCAUCGCCCAAACAACCUGGCAAUGCCAUUCGCUCACCACCCCAACCAGCAUCAACAAUAGCAGCAACAACAACAACACUCUCACCCUCCAUGGCCUGGACCUCCGCACUCUAACCCCGUCCUCCCCGGCCCUCCCCAGCUUCCACCCCACAGCCCCAACCCUCCUCCUCUCGGAAUGCUGCCUCUGCUACCUCGAGCCCUCCACCGCCACCUCCGUCCUCGCCCACUUCACAACCCACCUCUCAUCCCCCUCCACCUCGACCUCCGCCCCGCCGGUGGGGUUGAUCAUCUACGAGCCCAUCUCGCCGCACGACCCCUUCGGCAGGACGAUGGUCUCGAACCUCGCCGCGCGCGGGAUUCACAUGCCGACGCUCGAGGCGUACCCGACUCCCCCGGACCAGGAGAACCGGUUGAGGGCGGCCGGGUUUGACGAGGUGCGGUGUCUGGCAGUGGAUUCGAUUUGGGAAGGGUGGGUUGCGACUCAGGAGAAGGAGAGGGUUGAUUCGCUUGAGGGGGGUCUGGAUGAGGUGGAGGAGUGGAGGUUGUUGGCGGGGCAUUAUGUUGUUGUCUGGGGGUGGAGGGGAGGA